CAUUUCAUCUUCUUCGUUCUCCUAUCUCUCUCUCCUUCCUUCAGUCUUUCUCCUUUAUCCCAUAAACCCAUCGUCUCCGCUUUUCUAAGGGCAGAUUUUACGGUGUAUGUACAUGGAGAGUUCUAGGAGAAUUGAAACCCGGCCGAAUUCGCAGGCGUCUGAGUUGACUCGUAACGGGUCACACGAGUUUGCUGAGCAAGAAACUACUUUGGGCGAGGAUUCACCCAUCACGGAAUCUAUGUCUACGGAGUGGACAGAUGAGAAACAUAGUUUAUACCUUAAAUCUAUGGAAGCCUCAUUUGUUAACCAGUUGUAUGGUUCAAUGAAUUUACUUGGUUCCAACUUGCGCAACGAGAGGUUAUCAGGCACGAGACCCUCUAGGCACACACAUCGUGAUGCUCAUACCACCUAUACUGGCCAGUUUAAAGUUCUUCGAGGUGGUUCCUGGAAGAAGAUCAGUUUUGAAAGACCUGAAUUUCGAGUAAAUGGAGCAAAUCGUGGUCUGGUGGCAAGUCCAUGGAUCCAACACUUCAGAUCUGGGUCUAAGGUCCAUGUCUUAACGCAUCCUAGCAUUCAAGGAAUGGAUUUAUAUGGGAACCACUAUGAUACAUGUCACUCUGAUCAUUUGUGCAGUCAUGAUUUGAUUGGCAGCGACACAGAGGUGACAGACCAAAACUUUGCUGAUGAGGAAAACGGUGAAAAGGCAAGCAACGCAUGCAGCUCUAAGAAGAUGAAGACUGUUGAAACCAAUGACUCAAGCAAUGAUCAGGUUGUUCCUUAGCGUGAAGCCUCUCCUGUUUCUGAAAGCACAUACGAUUGGCAAAUUUCUAUGGCUAGAUAAAUGGCCUUGAAUUGGUGAUUCAAGGAUUGUUCAAGAUGCAAACAGAUUGUGUGAUUCCUUCCUAAUACAGGAAGUGAUCCAAGGAUACCUCUGUAGUCUGUACAUAUGAAUUUUGAUGACUUCUGUACAAGUCUAAUAUUCCUGAGUCCUAUUGUUGUAUAUUUGUGUGUGGCAGAGGUAGAAUAUUUAGGGGUUCAGAUUGAGACUUCAAUCAGUAUUAGCUAGUAGUGUGACAUUAAGUUUUCCUAGUUCUGUUGCAUUCCAAUGUUAUAUUUACAUUUUCUUUUUUGACGGAUCAUGGAGUUUUCUCU